AUGGUGCAAACCUAUCAAUCACCCGUCAGGGUUUAUAAACAUCCUUUUGAAUUAGUGAUGGCGGCAUAUGAGAAACGUUUUCCGACAUGUCCACAAAUUCCAAUAUUUGUUGGCUCGGAAGUCACAUACGAAUACAAUAGUGAAGACGGUGCUGAAUGGGUGAUUGAACGAAAAUGUCAGCUGAACGUCGAUGCGCCAUAUUUAGUGAAAAAAAUUGCGGGUGUAGAUUAUGUAUAUUUCACACAAAAGAAUUCAUUAGAUCGACGAAAACGAACGUUACUGAUCGAAGCGUCAAAUAUAUCAUUUUCUUCACGAAUCGUUGUCAAGGAAAAUUGCCAUUAUUAUGUUCACCCGGAUAAUCCCGACUGGACGUGUUUCGAACAAAACGCGGCAUUGGAUGUAAAAUCAUUUUUUGGUUUCGAAGCGGCUGUAGAGAAACUCGCUGUGAAACAAUAUGCAGCCAAUUUAGCUAAGGGAAAGGAGAUUCUGGAGUACUUCAUCGACGAACUUAUAAAGAGCGGAGUGACGUAUAUACCUCAAUUUGAGGAUAAGGAUACGGGAUCAACAACGGAUUCGGCAAUUGAUGUCUCGAAGGAACAGGCGGAUGAGGAAACGCAUGUUGUCCUACGACGUGAAUCAAAAGCGCAUCCGGACCCACAAGCAUUGAAGAACUCGACGAGCUUCGAUGACUCCGAAUCCAAACUCGAAGCCGAGUAUAUCCGACGAUUUCUAGGACAACUGAGUCCAUUGGAAGAGUCCCGCCUUUGCGAACUUAAGUACGGGCUACAAGCGCAUCACAAGGGCAAACUACCCAAUGACGCACAUUUGUUACGAUUUCUACGGGCGAGAGAUUUCGAUGUGGCGAAGGCGAAGGACAUGGUUCACAAUAGCAUUAUUUGGAGAAAACAACACAGUGUGGAUCGAAUCUUGCAAGAAUGGAGCCCUCCAGCGGUUAUGACACAGUUUUUCCCCGGUUGUUGGCAUCACUGCGAUAAGGAAGGACGACCUUUAUAUUUAUUACGCCUUGGGAAUCUGGACAUGAAAGGUUUGCUGCGAUCGUGUGGAUUGGAAAAUAUAGUGAAACUUACGCUGUCAGUUUGUGAAGAAGGUCUGAUUAAGACGGCAGAGGCAACUAAACAGAUUGGAGCACCGAUAAGUACAUGGAGUCUACUAGUGGAUUUAGAAGGUUUGAGCAUGCGACACCUAUGGCGUCCUGGAGUUCAAUCUCUUCUCCGGAUUAUAGAAAUUGUUGAGGCUCACUAUCCUGAAACGAUGGGACAGGUGCUGAUUGUUCGAGCACCUCGCGUAUUCCCUGUCCUAUGGACAUUGAUCUCACCGUUCAUCGACGAUAAUACUAGGAACAAAUUUAUGAUUAACGGUGGUGAAACAGUGAAGGAAGAAAUAAGUAAAUAUAUCGAUGAUCAGUAUAUUCCCGACUUCCUUGGAGGUACAUGUUUGGCAAAUUGCCCAACAGGUGGACACAUACCAAAGUCGCAAUAUCGUCCUGUUGAAGAACUUCCAGACGAGGCUGACGUUUUAAGUUCAAUGUACACAACAGCUUCUGUUACUCGAGGUUAUCCAGUAGAAGUCGUGGUGCCUAUAGCGUCCUCUGGAUGUGUUCUUACGUGGGAUUUCGAUAUCCUGAAGAGCGAUUGCGAGUUUGUUGUCUACCACACCCCAAAAGUAAUCCAAGAAGCAGCCAUACCACACUCUCCAACAAUGAUGAAUCCAGUGGAAAUGGUAACGGCUGCAAUUGCCAAUAAUCCAUUGCCGGUUAUAUUGUCGGAUCCAUCGCUAACCCUUGGACCAGAUCUUACGAUUGAGGAAAAGCCCGUUGUUUUCCAGGAAGGGGAUUCUAUGCAGGGUUCACAUUUCUGUUCCCGAUCAGGCACGUAUAUCCUUCAAUGGAGAACACCUGAGAUUCCUGGACAACACAACUCAACAUUUGACUUUAGUAUUGGUAGUCACAAAUGCAAGCUGAUGUAUUACCAUGAAUUGUUGGAUUCGGCUGACUUUAGAGGUUCAGUAGCUUCGUUGGAAUCAUGCCGUAGUUCGUUCAGUUCGAUUGCACCACCAUCGAAUCCAGGUACGCCGAGCAGCCUCGCACGUAACAAAGUAAACCCGAAAAAUUAA